CUAAAAGCAGAAAAGAAGAGGGCUAAUAACAUGACCCUUUUCCUUGGGUUUGCUCUCCUGGCUGCUCUCCUGGCUCACAUUGGCUGCAAUAACCAGCGCCGGGGUCCCGAGUCCAGUGCGAGAAGGUAUAACCGGAUUCAGCAUGGGCAGUGCACCUACACGUUCAUCCUUCCGGAACAGGAUGGGAACUGUCGCGAAAGUACCACUGAGCAGUACAACACCAACGCUCUCCAAAGGGAUGCCCCCCACGUGGAACAGGAUUUCUCUUCCCAGAAACUGCAGCGCCUGGAGCAUGUGAUGGAGAAUUAUACUCAAUGGCUGCAAAAGCUUGAGAGCUACAUUGUGGAAAACAUGAAGUCAGAGAUGGCUCAGCUACAGCAGAACGCUGUCCAGAACCACACAGCUACCAUGCUGGAGAUAGGAACCAGCCUCCUCAGCCAGACUGCGGAGCAGACGAGAAAGCUCACAGAUGUCGAAACCCAGGUACUAAAUCAAACAUCCCGAUUAGAAAUUCAGCUGCUGGAAAAUUCAUUAUCUACUUACAAGCUGGAGAAACAGCUGCUCCAACAGACCCAUGAAAUCUUGAAAAUUCAUGAGAAAAACAGCUUACUGGAGCACAAAAUCCUUGAAAUGGAAGAAAGACACAAAGGGGAGCUGGAUACUUUGAAGGAAGAAAAAGAGAACUUGCAAGGGUUGGUAUCACGUCAAAGCUACAUCAUUCAGGAACUGGAAAGGCAGCUAAGCAAAGCAACCACCAACAACAGUAUUCUUCAGAAACAGCAACUGGAGCUGAUGGACACCGUUCACAGUUUGGUCAACCUUUGUUCUAAGGAAGGAGUUCUGCUAAAGAAUGCAAAAAAAGAAGAUGACAAGCCAUUCAGAGACUGUGCCGAUGCUUACCAAGCUGGUUUUAACAAAAGCGGCGUCUACACGAUUUAUAUUAAUAACAUAUCAGAGCCUAAAAAGGUCUUCUGCAAUAUGGAAAUUGCAGGGGGAGGUUGGACAGUUAUACAACACCGAGAAGAUGGGAGUCUAGACUUCCAAAAAACCUGGAAAGAAUACAAAAUGGGCUUUGGUAGUCCCUCGGGUGAAUAUUGGCUGGGGAAUGAGUUUAUCUUUACAAUAACCAGCCAAAGGCACUAUUCGCUAAGAAUUGAACUAAUGGACUGGGAAGGAAAUCGGGCUUAUUCUCAAUAUGAUCGGUUUUACAUAGGAAGUGAAAAGCAGAAUUACAGGCUGUAUCUGAAGGGUCACUCGGGAACCGCAGGAAAGCAGAGCAGCCUAAUUUUGCAUGGGGCUGACUUCAGUACCAAAGAUGCUGACAACGACAACUGCAUGUGCAAGUGUGCCCUUAUGCUCACAGGAGGCUGGUGGUUUGAUGCCUGCGGGCCUUCCAAUCUCAAUGGAAUGUUCUACUCAGCUGGACAACACCAUGGAAAAAUAAAUGGAAUCAAAUGGCAUUACUUCAAGGGCCCCAGUUAUUCAUUACGGUCCACAGCUAUGAUGAUACGGCCAUUAGACUUUUAAACAACCGAGCAGAUGCAAGAACAACAUGCAGUACAGAUACCAAGUUCGGGAGAACUUCUUACAUAACCUUCAGAAA